CUAUAAUGAAAUCCUAACAUUUCUGAACUAGAAGCGUUUUCUCUCUAAGGGAUGGGAUUACUGAGUUGACAAUUUCUCUUAAUCUGAAAAAAAUCCGUCUUCCCCCCUCCCUCCUUCCCCCCAUCCCCUUUCAAUCUUCUCCCUUCCCGAGAGACGCACGUACACUCAGCAUUUUAUUCGAGUGGAAAGUUGAAAGAGAGCAACACACUGGCUGCACCCAUCCAGCGCUCCUUGGGGUGGAUAGCAAAGUUCUAGGGCAGAGCCUUCCUGCCCGGAGCCUGCGAUGCAGCCGCUCUCCGCUACCUGCUCAGCUUCACGACGCAGCUGAAGGUCCGCCCGCCGCGGAACAGUUGCGUCUCCAUCUGGCUGCCAACCCACCCUAGCUUUCUUCUCCUCCACCACCACCACCUUCCCUCCUUCCCCCCUCCUCCCCCUCCUUUCCAUCUUCCCUCUCCACCUCCGCCCCCAAUCUCCUCCUCUUUUUCUCACUACAAGCGGUUGCUGAUGCUGAAGCCGAGCGUCACUUCGGCUCCCACGGCAGACAUGGCGACAUUGACAGUGGUCCAGCCGCUCACUCUGGACAGAGAUGUUGCCAGAGCAAUUGAAUUAUUGGAAAAACUACAGGAAUCUGGAGAAGUACCAGUGCACAAGCUACAGUCCCUCAAAAAAGUGCUUCAGAGUGAGUUUUGUACUGCUAUUCGAGAGGUGUAUCAAUAUAUGCAUGAAACGAUAACUGUUAAUGGCUGUCCUGAAUUCCGUGCCAGGGCUACAGCAAAGGCAACAGUUGCAGCUUUUGCAGCUAGUGAAGGCCACUCCCACCCUCGGGUAGUCGAACUGCCAAAGACUGAUGAAGGCCUUGGUUUUAACGUGAUGGGAGGAAAGGAGCAAAAUUCCCCCAUUUAUAUCUCUCGCAUCAUUCCUGGAGGGGUGGCCGAAAGACACGGAGGCCUCAAAAGGGGAGACCAGCUGCUAUCAGUGAACGGAGUGAGCGUGGAAGGGGAGCACCAUGAGAAAGCUGUGGAACUGCUCAAGGCUGCCAAAGACAGCGUCAAGCUGGUGGUCCGAUACACCCCGAAAGUCCUGGAAGAAAUGGAGGCGCGCUUUGAAAAGCUCCGGACCGCCCGGCGCCGACAGCAGCAACAACAGCAGCGGCAGCAACAAACACAGCAGAACCACAUGUCCUAGGUCCUUAGAGAGAAGCUACCUGAUCAAAGAUCUGAUAGUCACAAAUUCGAAACCGUGCUUCCGAAUCCCAGCACAUAGUAAAAGGAAAAGACCACAUUGAUAAUUAUACCUGUCAAGAAGCUGUGAACACGCGGUGUAUAAAUUCUUUACCAAGGCGACUCAACAUCUUCUUUCUCUGGGCCUGAAUCCCACUGCUCACGUGCUCUUUACACACACAGACCUUCCAUUCACUGCAGUGGGAAUUCUCAGUGUGUAAAGGGAGAGGUUUUCCAGUCUGCAGACUGAAAUAGUACAAGAAGAAUCAAGUCCAUGACUUUCAGAUAAAUCACCAGGCCAAGAUGAAGUGAAUCUUUGGUCUAUAGCUUUUCCAGAGAUUAACAAAUCCCUCAUUAGGCUAUAGUUCAAACUGCAUCAGUUCAAGGUUGUUAACCACUUAAAAGAAACCUACGCAUUGCCCGGUACCCUGACCUCGUCCACAUCCAUACUGCUGAAUUGUCUGAAUUAGAAUUCCAGUUAAUUGCAAAUUCAACCUUUAUUCCCCUCUUGAAAAAGGCAAGUUAUGCUAUUUAUACUCUGUUCAGGUUCUAGAAGCAAUUGGCUUUUUAUUUUCUGUUUCCAUGAAUUUAAUUUUGCAUUAAUGGAGUGGGACAAUUUUCACUCAACUUUUGGUUUGCUAGAGGCAGGGAUAGAGAACUCUAGUAGGGUAUUUUUUUUUUUUAAUUUGAGUAUUGCUUGUAUCUAUGAUUAUUAAUUCUAACAGAAUAUUAUGUAUAUUUAUUCCACAAAAUAUAUAUUAUCAGAGUGUAUUUGCUACAAACUGAGGUCUUUUCUUACCAAAUGUUACAAAUUUGGUAAGAGAACGCUAGCAAAGGACCUAGCUUUUGGUUAAGUUUUAUAUUUUUUGAUUGACAAACUCUGGAGAAAUCUGAACUCUUUCUACCUACACCGAUUCGUCAUUACAGAAAUUUAUUUAAUAUUUUAAAGCUUAGGGCUUCACAAAGCUCGAUUAUGAUAUGUGUUCAUAUAUAUAUACAAAUAUAUAUGUCACACAAAGUUUUGAUCAGUUUCCCCAAAGAUAAACUGGAUAUUUUUGGCAAUCUAAGACCAAAAGUAUCAUUCCUUUUAAAAUUAGGCAGAUGUAAACCAGGAUAUAAUAUUGUGAAUGAAAAGAAGCUGUUCCUUCAAGAGAGAAAAGAUGCCUAAUUCAUUACACAUAUUCAUAUAGGAAAACAGACAAGGAGAUAUCAUCUUUCAGAAAGUAUCAGUUGCUGGAAAAUGAUCUGUUAAGAGCCCCCUAUACAGAUCAUCACUUUUGACUUAUGAUAAAUCUAAGCACAUAAGUCUGACUUUACUCAUUGGAAUGAAUAAGAAGCAAUAAUCAUUUGGGCACUUAAAUAGGUUAGGCACAAAAAUGUACCUGAAAAAAGAAUAAAUGUUUCAGUUGAAACAUUCUAGAUAGAGCAUUAAAACUGAGGCAAAUAUUUGAAUGUUCCCUUUUCUCAGAUGCAGAAAUUGAUUCCCCAACAUAAAUAAAGUUUACAUUUCAGAUAGUCCCCCAAAUUAGAAAGUGAUGAAGCUCAGUUCAAAAGCUAUUGCUUGAAAACAAAAUAAAACCAGUCGGAACUACCCAGCACAUUUUAUUUUGCCCUGUCAAGGGGUAUUAUUGUCAAUACCAAGUUCUGCCUAUUCUUCCUGGUGAAUUUGAGUUCUUUCCCUUGGCCAGUACAUCACCCAACAGAGAACAAAGAGCGAGGAAACUAGGAGGUACACCAAUUUCAACAACCGUCCUGAAAACAUAUCAUUUUUUACUGGAGAAAACUGGGGGGGUGGGGGGGAGGGCAAGGGGGAGGACCUUGAAUGUUAUGUAAAAUAGGUUUAAAAAAGAGAUAAGCAUGACUAAAGGGAGUGAAUGGAGACUACGUGUGAGUAUUACUCAGUUUGAAAGGGGUAGUUCUCAUUUUUAUAAGAAAAAUUUAAUAAGACAUAUAUUUUAGUUAUCAUUUAACAAAGAAAUAUUAAAGCUAUUCAGGCGAUGCCACAGAUUCUCAUAAAGGUGCUCAUUGCACCUUUAUAAUGAGAAGAUGGUCAUUUCAACACAUUUCAAUGCCUUGUAUAAAUUUGGAGCUUAAGGUGUGUUUUCAUUUAGCCAUAAGUGUAUGGUUGAUAUGAAAUGAUCAUAUGUUUUCACAUCAAUAUAAAUAUUGUCAUGGUGUUACGGAAGCAGCUAUCAAAUGAGCAGAUACCUUACACUUGUGUUUUCUAGAUGUCUUUGUAUGUUAUGCUUCAUUUGCAUAAUGUUAAAUGCUAAUAAAUCUAUGCCAAGUCCUUUGUCAAAGUGAAGGGGCAAUCCAUCACACCUAAGGCAUCUAAAGACAGAUUACAUGUCACAGUGGUCCUACAUACAAAUGACCAAAUGACCAGUUUUUGUUUUGUUUUUUUAGUAAAAUCUGGUUAUUGAAAUAUAAGCCUUCCCCUAAAGUUUUAAUCCAAAGUUUCUGUCCCUAAGACUUAGAGAUGCCCUUUUGUGGUUCUCUAAGUUUCGCUGAAGCCAGAGGGGAAGGGAAAAAAAAAUUCCCACAACUUGUACUAAUGUUCUUUAUUAGUAAUGAUCACUGUAGAGCCACUGACGUGUCCAAAAUCAUAUUAAGGACAUAUCAUGUUGCUCUUAACGUGAAUGUCAGUCUUGAAUAUCAUAAAUAAAUGAGAUAUUCGAAGUUAGGGGGGAAAUCUGGUAUGACUAUUCCUCCAUGAUCCUGGUGAAUUUGAGUUCUUUCCCUUGGCCAGGUUGGUGGCCAGAUUUUGCUAAACUCUUUGCUGCUGUGAUUUUGAAGGCCAGUACAUGAGCAUAGUUUAGUAAAAGAAUACCUGAACCUCUCCAUUUGGGGCAUUUACAUUUUGAUUCUGUUGCCAUUUGAAAUAGAACAUCCGCAGGGAGAUAACGAGCUUAAAUUAUAAUUGACUUCGGAAAGAGUAACAGACUUUUGUGCUUCCUCAAUCAUGUAAUCAAUAGGGAAUUCUCUCCUUCUGUGAACUACCAUUAUCUUUAAAGACAAUGCUAAAAUCUAAAUGUAAAAUCUAGCUGUCGGGCUUUUUAAGAAUUCAAAGCUGUCUCUGAAGAACUUGGCUAGAGAUGGAUUACAUCAAUUUACAAGUGCAGUUCUCAACCGUGACAAAUCAAACUGAUGUGAUCUCAGUUCAUUUUACUCAGCUGUGCCUAUAGGACUCCAAGACGUGGGGAUAUUUUGUCUACAUUAUCUUAAACAUCUAUAGAUAUUUGUGAAUGUGUGAUUAAUGCCUGAAUUUCUCAUCUUUUAGCUAGUUUGUGUUUAUUAUACAGACAGCCUGUUAAUAAGACCAGCUUUCGAUAGUGUUGUGAAGUAGAAAUCAGUGCUCUGAAGAUUUAGGGAAGCCAUCGUUAGGCAAUCUCCCCAAACAUGGGGCAGUCCUACCCAGCGCACCCUCUCUGGAUCAUAAACUCCACGAGAAAAAGGUCUGUGAUGGCUUUGUGGACCUGCCAGAUCUCUGACAUCCGGUGUGUGGGAAACACGAGAGCCGCUCAAUUGGUAUUUGUUGAAUGAAUGAAUGAAUGAUUGGAUAUAGGUGGAUAGACAAAUGAAUUUUGCCUUCAGAUAAUCUGAAAAAUUUCACCAGCGUACAGUAAUUGACACUGUAAUUUCUGAAUUUCAUAGAACCAGAAUUGAUUCUUUUCAUAAAUAAAUACUUUUCAGAUAGAUGAAUUUGGAAUCAAUUACUUGAAAACCUUCAAGGAUUUGAGGCCAUUUAGAUAACGGAUGGUGUUUGGGAAUUAAGAGUUUUUAACAAUGAAGAAAGCUCAGCCUUGCUAGUUCUUUAUGAAAGCUCCCUGAGUGAUUUUGCAAGGGUGAUUAAAACAUAGAACUCCAUUUAUGAGUUUUAUAAAAUAUUCUGUUUCAAUUUUUAAAAAAGGAAGAAAAGUCAUGACAUCAAGCACAUGAUUAAUAUCGCCUUUAAUAUUUACUGAUAACUUCUCUCUAAGGAGUUCAUAGUAAUUGGGGACACCUCUCUAAAUCUUCUGCUUUCAAAAGAUCACUUCUUUCCUAUUUGAUUUCUAGACUGUACCUGAGCUAAAGAUGAAUCACAUAGCUACUAAGCCUUUUCCAUGUAUUUAUUCAUUUAACAAAUAUUUAUUGUACACCGAGAACAUGAGUACCUGGUAGGUUCUAGAAAUAACAAUGGCAAACAGGACAGACAUAGUGCCCUCCGGGGGCUUACUGUGGGGAUCUCCUCAACACUUAACUCUGGCGAUUAGCUAGAGUUUACUGUCCAUCAGCUCCCUCUUCACAGCCGACAGAAGAAAUAAAAUCCCUAACUUAUGGAAAUCGUGACAGACCCCCUGCUCAUAUUUUAUGUGAGCUUGCUUUUCUAAAUGCAUCACUGAAAAAUACUGCUCAGUUUAUCCACACACCAUAGUUAGAUCCCAGCAAGGUAGGUAAGUAAUAAUUUACUCAUAACACUUAGCUCUUACUAGGUUCUACUGUGCUUGGUACUUUCCAUAGACUAUAUCACUGCAUCUCUUCAACUCUAGUAGGUUUCAUUUUAUAGACAAGAAAACUGAAGCUCAGGUAUGUGACUUGUCCAGGUCGCAAAGCUAGCUGAUGAAAUGGGGAUCUGAACCCAUGCAGUGUUACACAAGAGUUCAUGUGUCUAACCAUUAUCUGUGGUUUGGGGGACACCAUUACAUUAAAUGAGUCAUUAAACGAGUCACUGUAUAUAAAAGUACCUUGAAGUUGUAAAGUAGUAUACAAAAAGGUAGCAGCCAAGUAUAAAGGUCAAUAGUACAUCAGUGGCAGAAGCAGACUGAGAACUCAAUCUUACGUUACAGCUUACUCUCGUGAAGAACACUUCAAGCCAGGGACAUGGAUAAAGUCCAGAUUCCGAAAAUUUUUGACGUGAUAAAUAUGCCAAUGACUUUUCAGAAUUAUAUGUUAGCCACUGUGUCUAUUUGGUGCUACAAGAAACAAAAUCCCUUGCUGUAAGGGCUUCUAAUAAAUACACAGUGUGGAGCUGAACCAAGGAUAUUUCACAUUUCCAGGGAAAGAUCGGGCAAUAGUACUAUUUUCUCACCAUUGCAUGUGAUUGUGUCUUUCCAAUUGUUUUCUUUAUUUUUCUGAAAGAGCUGCAAAAUUGUGCAGUGGUUCAACCUGACCAAAGUGGUAUUAUGCUGCUGGGAAGUAAAAGCAUUAGACACCA